AUGGCAACACACUACUCAGACCGCGCAGCAGUCCUUCGGAGGGACUACCGGGCUCGCAGAGUCCAGAACAUCGAUCCCCCGCCAGGCCUCGACCGCGUUGUCUCCGACAACAUUGACCACGCCGUCCAAACUGCCGCCUUUCUCGACUUCCAGCUACACCGCAACAUGCACGUUGACGCCGAAACGAAGAAAGUGAUCGUUGCACGGGUGCGGUCGGGUAUCUCGAGAAAGGCAUACGACCUGCUCAACCCCGCCCCGCGAACAGACCCAAUCUCGGUGCGGAUUAUAAACUUCUACCUGGAUAUGUGGGCCGGGUUUGCGAAUAUGGUGGCGGAUAUUCGGCCGGCGGAUUUUACGCCGAGGGUGAGGCAGGCGGAGACGUUCUAUAGAAAGGCCCGAGACGUAAAUAAUCACACUCUCAGUACCUUACAACGACAGCUCGAGCUGGCGGAGUUUUUGGACAGGUGGUGCCCGGCGUAUAUUAUGUCGGAUGGGAACGCGACUAGAGGGUUGGAGGGGAGACUAAAGCCAAUGUGGGCGCUGAAUAGAGAACUCAUGGCUCAGCCUAUGGAGCCCCAGCGGACGAGGGACCGGGUUCAGGUGGUGCAGGAGUUGGGGAAUGAGUUAUAUGACUAUUCCGUCGGUUUGCUAGCGCUGUGGAACCGUUAG